AUGCUCAUGCGCUCUCUCACGCGCUAUCACGCGCUCUCUCACGCGCUCUCUCACGCGCUCUCUCACGCGCUCUCUCACUCGCUCCCUCACGCGCUCCCUCACAUGCACCCAAACACGCACCCUCACACGCACUCUCACGCGCACUCUCACGCGCUCUCUCACGCGCUUUCUCACGCGUCUCUCAAGUCUCUUGCGCACACUCUCACGCGCACUCUCACGCACACUCUUAUGAGCACUCUGACGCUCACUCUCACGCGCACACUCUCACACGCACUCUCUCGUACUCUCUCACUCACGCUCUCACAAGCACUCACGCGCUCUCUCACGCGCUCUCUCACGCGCUCUCUCACGCGCACUCUCACGAGCACUCUGACAUGCUCUGUCAUGCGCUCUCUCACGCGCUCUCUCACGCGCUCUCUCACGCGCUCUCUCACGCGCACUCUCAAGUACACUCUCACUCGCUCUCUCUCACGUUCUCCCUCACACACUCUCACGCACAUUCUCUCUCAUGCGCUCUCUCACACACUCUCCCACGUGCUCUCUCUCAUGCGCUCUAUCACGCGCUCUCUCGCGCGCACCCUCAUGUGCACUCUCACGCGCACUCUCACACACACUCUCACGCGCACUCUCACGCGCUCUCUCACGCGCACUCUCACGCGCACUCUCACGCGCUCUCUCACGCGCUCCCUCACGCUCUCUCUUGCGCACUAUCUCGUGCUCUCUCUCACACGCUCUCUCACGCGCUCUGUCACGCGCACUCUCACACGCUCUCACACGCUCUCACACGCUCUCACACGCACUCUCACGCAAAUUCUCACACGCACUCUCUCGCGCACUCUCACGCGCACUCUCUCUCUCACGCGCUCUCUCACGCGCUCUCUCACGCGCACUCUCACGCGCACUCUCACGCGCACACUCACGCUCACUCACGCGCUCUCUCAUGCGCUCUCUCAUAUGUACCCUCACUCGCUCUCUCACACGCUCUCUCACGUGCUCUCUCAGGCCUUCUCUCAGGCCUUCUCUCACGCACUCUCUCAUGCGCUCUCUGACAUGCACUCUGACGCGCACUCCCACGCGCACUCUCAGGCACACUCUCACGCGCUCUCUCUCGCGCACUCUCACGCGCAUUCUCUUUCUCACGCGCUCUCUCACGCGCUCUCUCACGCGCUCUCUCACGCGCACUCUCACGCGCACUCUCACGCGUACUCUCACGCUCUCUCACGUGUUCUCUCAUACGCAACCUCACGCGCGCUCUCUCACACGCUCUCUCAUACGCAACCUCGCGCGCUCUCUCUCACGCGCUCUCUCAUGCCCUCUCUCAUGCACUCUCUCACGCUCUCUCUCACGUGCUCCCUCACGCACUCUUUCAUGCGCUCUCACACGCUCGCUCACGCGCUCUCUCACGCGCUCUCUCACGCGCUACCUCACGGUCGGUAA